AUGGACUCUCAAGACAUUGCGCAAGAGACGCCUGCUGCAGAUGUCUUUAUUGCGCCUUCAAUCCAUACACAACGCAUUCUUUCUGGAGCUUCAUAUACACAUCACUCGCCCAUUCCCGCUGUUAUCAGCAAUGAAAUGUCUACAGAAUGUGUCCUGGGAGUCGACGAAGCUGGGAGAGGGCCAGUAUUGGGACCAAUGGUGUAUUCGGUUUUCUACCUCCCUCUAGCCUCUCACCGCAGUCUGCUCGCCGAGACGCACCACUUUGAUGACUCCAAAGUUCUCACGCCUGCCGUGCGUUCGAACCUAAUGCAACUUCUCUGCAAGCCUGAGUCGGAUCUGCACCAAUCGUGUGGAUGGGCCACACGGGUCAUGUCCGCACGAGACAUAUCUGCAGGAAUGCUCAAGCCGACGGGAGCCUAUAAUCUGAAUGCGCAAGCCAUGGACGCGACAAUCGAGCUGAUCAAGGAAGUGUUUGCUAAAGGCGUCAACGUCAAAGAGAUCUACAUUGAUACAAUUGGAAGUCCACAGACAUACCAGAAGAAACUAGAACGGAUAUUCCCCACCACGCAAAUUACUGUUGCGAAAAAGGCGGAUUCGCUAUACCCGUGUGUCUCGGCGGCAUCGGUCUGUGCAAAAGUGACGCGUGACGCUGCGCUCGAUGUAUGCUAUGAGGCUUACAAGAAUGAGUCUGCCAGCGAUGACGCUCCAGAUGUCGCCGCCGAGGGGUGGGGCUCAGGAUACCCUUCUGAUGCGCGCUGCGCGAGCUGGCUCAAAACGAAUAUGGAUCCAGUGUUCGGAUGGGGCGUUGAGUGCAGAUUUAGUUGGGGCACCGCAAAGGACCUGAUAGAAGGGAAAGGCACUGGCGUAAAAGUGGACUGGCCGUUGGAAGAGGAUGCUGAAACCAUGCGUGUGACGGACUUUUUUUCGGCGACCUCCAAGCCAGACGAAUCCGAGGCGGAUGAGCUCGCGACAUGGUUUGGCUCUAGAGUUACAGAAGAAGUGUUUUGA